AUGGCGCGAGCUCUGCGCGCGCUGUGCUGCGCGGCUGGACCGGGAUCGGGACCGGGACCGGGAUCGGGAUGGGGACCGGGACCGGGACCGGGACCGGGUCCCGGCCCCAGCCCUGGCCCUGAGCGGGGGCCGCGGGUCCGGUUCGGGCCCAGCCCCACAGGUUUUCUGCAUUUAGGUGGCCUUAGGACUGCUUUGUACAAUUAUAUCUUUGCCAAAAAACACCGAGGGACCUUUAUUUUAAGAGUGGAGGAUACUGACCAGAACCGGGUGGUACCCGGAGCUGCAGAAGGAAUAGAAGAUAUGUUGGACUGGGCAGGUAUUUCCCCGGACGAGAGCCCCGGGCGCGGCGGCCCCGCCGGUCCCUACGUGCAGUCACAGAGGCUGGAGCUGUACGGGCGGGCCGGCGCGGCGCUGCUGGCCAGCGGGGCUGCCUACCGCUGCUUCUGCAGCCCGCAGCGCCUGGAGCUGCUCCGCAAGGACGCGCUGCGCAGCCACCAGACCCCGCGAUAUGACAACCGGUGUCGGCACCUGGCGCCCACGGAAGUGGCCCAGAAGCUGUCAGAGGGCCUCGACUGCGUCAUCCGCUUCCGCCUGGAGAAGGGGGUGGAACCCUUCCAGGACCUGGUCUAUGGCUGGAACAAGCAUGAGGUGGCUGAGGUGGAAGGUGACCCCGUGAUUCUCAAGGGGGAUGGCUUCCCCACGUACCACCUGGCAAACGUGGUGGAUGACCACUACAUGGGCAUCACCCACGUCCUGCGUGGGACCGAGUGGCUGGCUUCAACUUCCAAGCACCUGCUUCUCUACAAAGCCUUUGGCUGGGAGCCCCCUCAGUUUGGCCACCUCCCGCUGCUGCUGAACAAGGAUGGUGGCAAGCUGUCCAAGAGGCAGGGGGACAUCUUCCUGGAGCGCUUUGCUCGGGAUGGCUUCCUGCCAGAGGCACUGCUGGACAUUGUCACCAACUGCGGCUCGGGGUUCACAGAGAAGCAGAUGGGGAGGACUUUGGAGGAGCUGAUCUCCCAGUUUGAAGUAGGCAGAAUUACAACCCAUUCUGCUCUCCUGGACCUGGAAGCACUCCCAGAAUUCAACAGGGUUCACCUGACCCGUCACAUUGAGAACCAGGGGCUGCGCCAGAAGCUCAUUAGGGAGCUGCAGGGGCUGGUGGAGCUUGUCUAUGGGGAUCAGCAAGUGGAUCCAGAUGUUCUGGAAAAUGAAUAUGUGGAGCGAGUCCUCCUGCUGAGAAAAGGUCACAUAAGCCUCCUGAAGAAUCUGGUGUCAAGUGAUUACUCUUACCUAUGGGUCAGGCCCUCAGUGUCCCGGCAGCAGCUACAAACAAUUUCUGCAGAAGCAGAUGAAAUAGGAAAACUGGUCUUAGGGCUCAUGACAAGGCAGGCAGCUGCCUUCACUGUGGAGGAGUUGAACAAAGGCCUGAGAAGUCUCCAGAAGCAAACCAGAGACACCAAGUACAGCAGCAUGAUGCAGCUCCUCCGCUUGGUGCUCAGCGGGCGGCAGCACGGCCCGAGCGUUGCUGAGAUGAUGGUGACUCUGGGAGCUGAGGAGGUGUGUGGCAGGAUCCGCAGAGCGCUGUCCAGCUGACGAGGGACGUCGGUGACGCUCACUUGGAUGGUGCAGGUGGCACCUGCGUGAUCAUCUCUGAUCAGACGAGCUGGGCUUUAGGCCAGGCAGGUGCCUGUGCUGGUCCCACGUCUGUACAAACCUGCACUGAGCACAAAUCACUUUGUUUGGGACAGGAACCAGGUCCAGAUUCAAGUCCAUCCUGCUUUUGCCUCGUGCAAGGAGCCUGGUUUGCAGGGUGGGAGAAGAAGACAUGAAUCGGCAUUUAAAUUCAGACCGUGUGGACAGAAAGUAGCUGAACUUCUGACAGCAGCAGAUCUGGUUCUUUUUGGAGAGGGCUUUGCAAUCAGGGGUACCUACAGCUACAAAAUACAGUUCCUCAAUAAAUACAGUGGGAGGUAUUUUUAUAUAUAUAUAAACAGAUGUAUAUUAUAGCUGCUGCCCUGGUGUCCUACCAGGCUGAGUGAGCUGCUCGGAGGAGGGUUUCCUCCCUGUGUGCUGUGUCAUGCACAGGGUUCUGCUAAAAAUAUCCCUGAUCAGGAGACUGGAUGUAUUUUCCUCUUUUGUCCG